CAAUUCGCGAACCAGUUGCGCACAAUACUUUUGGCGAUGAGGAGGUUUGCUUUGAGUCAUCCAGUCGAGAUUUGCUAGAGCUCACGGUUUAAGUUGCGCGGUCGCUAAUUUCGUCGACCCGAUCGGGUCGGGAAUUGAAAAUAUACAUAUACAUAUAUUAUUCGCGAAACCUACCCUUUGCUGGCAAACCGGAAUUCGAAUAAACAUUUCUUUUUAAUUCUAUUUUUUCAAUUGCACUGGAAGAUUUUUGGGACCAUAGAAAAGCAUUGUGUUUGAAUUCAUUCGUGAGCAAAGUUUAAUAAAACUUUCAGAAAAUAUUGGCUGUUUUCAAUCUUGUCAAAAUUAGCGUUUAAAAAGGUGAGUGUGAUCGAAAAAAACAAGUGUGAUACUUUAAAAUAGUGAAUAAACUUUAGAAAAAAAUCCAAACAAUUUAACCUGUGUAUGAAUACGUGGUGUUAAAAGAAAUCCAAGCACUGUGGUGAAGCACUAAUCGUCACCCCAAUCAACGUUGACGUCACGCGAAGAUUGCUGUCGCUUAGCAGAAGGGUUUUUUUUAUCGGAACGAUUGUUGGCUGGUUUUUAGGGAGCAGCAGAAAACAACCGAUUGAUCAUUCGACGAGAAAACUACAAUCGGAAACCUCCAGAAACGAUGCAGGAUCAGGAAACCGGUGAGCUGGAAUUCGGCUCGUUCCACAGCGGAAGUCAGUUCUUCGACAAGGAAACCGGCGAGAGCAAUCCACAUCCGUCGGCCUUGGAGUUGCGCCGUGAACGGGCCAAGUUCUACAUACCGAAACAGUACCUGAGGAAUGGAACCGAGGAAAGUGGCUGGAACAAAUCCUACCAGCAGCACCAUCGGCCCAAAUAUCAGCGAUGCGUUUCGAAGCUGAACAGCAGCUAUCCCCUGGCCAGCCGAGAGAAGAUGAUGCACAUGAAGGAGGAAAUUAUUUUGGGAUACAACAAAACGAGCUACCUGUUGCUGUUGAUUCCGCCGCUUUUCAUUUUUCCGAAGCUGGCCAUCAUCUUGAUCCUGUUUACCGAGGUGGCCCUGCACAAGUGGGCCCACCGUAAGAACGCUCGCAAUCAAAACCCCAACAUCUACUAUCGGACGCCGUUGCACAUUGUUUCGAGUCAAUUCUGUGGGCUCUGUCGGCACGAACGUCAGAUGGACCGUAUCGUGAGGAUGCAGGACAAGCGGAUGAAGCAGAUGCAGAACUACUUCCGGCGUGUCACCCGGAACAUUGCCUGAGAAAAUCUUACGUUUGCAUUUGUCGAAUAGUUUUUAAAAAUGUAGUCUAUUCUAUAGAGUUAGAACUUUCGUUUAGUUGCCGACAAACAUUUUUUAGAAAUAAAAACAUAAAAUUUUAACGUACUCUCCAGUGGAAUUCUUUCAUUAGAAAAAGACCUUCGAACAGUGAUGAGUAAAAUCGUAUUUUAUUGCAACAGAUUUUUUUAUGAGCAGAUAAAGUUCUUUUUCCUUACUAUGGGUUCUCAAUCAAAUAGUUCUUGGCUGCUUGGCACAACUUCUCAACACUUUUCCUCAAAAAAUCAGCGUCGUGGAAAGAAAACGUUAGCCUAAGGCAGUUUCGAUGAGAACCUGUAGAAGAAAAUCUGGAGCCCGCAAUCGCCGUCACUUGGUACUUGUUCAUGCAAUACCCAUUGAAGUCGGUGCAAUCCACGUGGUCUGGAAAACGAACCCAAAUGAAGUAACCUCCGGUGGGUUUCACGUAGGAACAUCCCUCGGGAAGAUGAGCAUCAAGUGUUUCGCAAACUGCCCGGAGACGUUCAGCGUACUUCUCGCUGUAUUGGCUUAGAAGCUGCUCGGCAAGACCCAACUGGAUCGCGCUCGUUAUUAGUCCUCCGGUGAAGUUAUUCGCCCCACCGCCACUCUUG